AUGGAUUUCGAAACAAACGAAGACAUCAAUGGGAUUAGGUUCUCUUGGAACGUUUUCCCAUCAACAAAGGCGGAUGCUGCUAAAAAUGUAGUUCCAGUUGCAUGUAUGUACACUCCUUUGAAAGAAAUUGAGGAACUCAAUGUCGCAGCUUACAAUCCUGUGAUUUGUUCAGGUCCUCAAUGUAAAGCAAUUUUGAAUCCUUAUUGUAUUAUUGAUCCAAGAAAUAACUCAUGGACUUGUCCAAUUUGUAAUUCGAGAAAUCAUUUACCUACUCAAUAUGCCAAUAUGACUCAAGAAAAUAUGCCAAUUGAACUUCAAAAUACUACUGUCGAAUAUAUUACAAAUAAACCUGUUCAAAUACCACCUAUUUUCUUCUUCGUUAUAGAUAUCACUACAGAACAAGAAAAUUUAAACGCUUUAAAGGAUUCCAUUUUAACCUCGUUGUCUUUAUUGCCUCCAAAUGCAUUGGUCGGUUUGAUUACUUAUGGUAACGUCGUCCAACUGUACGAUCUGUCAUGCUCAACUAUCGAUAGAUGUAACGUGUUUAAAGGUGACAGAGAGUAUCAACUAGAACAAUUGAUCGAAAUGCUAACUGGUCAAAAAUUAACAAGCAAUAUGGGUGCCGCUAUCCAAGGAACUAAAGUCACUCCUUUCUCUUUAAAUAGAUUUUUCCUACCUUUAGAUCAAGUCGAAUUCAAAUUAACCCAGUUACUAGAAAAUUUGUCUCCUGAUCAAUGGACCGUCCCUACCGGUCAUAGAUCUUUAAGAGCUACUGGCCAGGCUAUCAACAUCGCAUCUUUGAUUUUACAAGGUUGUUACAAAAAUUUCGCUUCAAGAAUCAUCUUGUUUGCCUCUGGUCCAUGUACUGUAGGCCCAGGUCUGAUUGUCUCUUCGGAAUUAAAAGAUCCAAUUAGAUCUCAUCAUGAUAUCGAUUCUGAUCGCGCAUCUCAUUACAAGAAGGCUUGCAACUUCUACAAUCAAAUAGCUAAAAGAGUAUCCGAAAAUGGCCACACCGUUGAUAUUUUCGCUGGUUGUUAUGAUCAAAUUGGUAUGUCAGAAAUGAAAAGACUAACUGAUAGAACCGGGGGUGUCUUAUUGCUAACCGAUGCUUUCUCCACAGCUAUCUUCAAACAAUCUUAUUUAAGAAUGUUCUCAAAGGAUGAAGAAGGCUAUUUGAAAAUGGCUUUCAAUGGUACAAUGGCUGUUAAAACAAGUAAGGAUUUGAAAUUACAAGGUUUAAUUGGUCACGCUUCCUCUGUCAAGAAAACUGAUUCAAACAAUAUCAGUGAUUCAAAGAUUGGUAUCUCUGGUACUUCAACUUGGAAAAUGUCUGCAAUCACACCAUAUCAUUCAUAUGCAGUUUAUUUUGAAGUUGUCAAUACUGCCGCUAGCAACGUUCCUGUUGGCGGUGAAAGUGCUCAUCUAGCUUAUACUCAAUUUGUUACAAGUUAUCAACACGCUUCAGGUACAAACCGUGUCAGAGUUACCACUGUAGCAAACCAAUUGUUGCCUUUUGGAUCUCCUGCAAUUGCCGCUUCUUUUGAUCAAGAAGCAGCUGCCGUCAUCAUGGCUAGAAUUGCCGUUUACAAGUCUGAAAAGGAUGAUGGUUCAGACAUCAUUAGAUGGAUCGAUAGUACUCUGAUUAAAUUAUGUCAGAAAUACGCUAGUUAUAACAAAGAUGAUCCUUCAUCUUUCAGACUAGCAGGUAACUUUUCAUUAUAUCCUCAAUUCUCUUAUUACUUGAGAAGAUCUCAGUUCUUGAGCGUUUUUAACAAUUCGCCAGAUGAAACCGCAUUUUACAGACAUAUUUUCACAAGAGAAGACACUACAAACUCAUUAGUCAUGAUUCAACCAACUUUGACAUCAUUCUCAAUGGAAGAUGAACCACAACCGGUAUUAUUGGAUUCUAUCUCCGUUAAACCAAACACCAUCUUAUUAUUGGAUACAUUUUUCUUUAUCUUGAUUUAUCAUGGUGAACAAAUUGCACAAUGGAGAAAAGCUGGUUACCAAGAAGAUCCAGAAUAUGCUGAUUUCAAAUCUAUGUUGGAAGAGCCAAAAUUAGAAGCCGCUGAAUUAUUGGUUGAUAGAUUCCCAUUACCAAGAUUUAUCGAUACCGAGGCUGGUGGAUCUCAAGCUAGAUUUUUAUUAUCUAAAUUGAACCCAUCGGACAAUUAUCAAGAUGCCACACAUGGUGGCUCUACAGUGGUCUUAACAGAUGAUGUUUCAUUACAAAACUUCAUGUCUCAUUUACAAUCUGUCGUCGUCAGUAAUCAAGCCUAA